UGUAACCACAGACAAGCAUGAUCACUUUUACCUUCGCCCAGCUGUAAAAGGUGAGAGAAUAUUCAGGAGGUGCUUUCAGCUGACGAGAUUGCAGUGAAUUCAAUGGAAAUCAAGCAGGAUGACAGGCAGCUGAUUAGCUGGAGCAAACAGGACGGAGGUUCUUUUGAAAAUGCUGACAAACCCAAUGGACAGCACUUAGCCAGUGACUUCAGCAGCCUCCACAGCAAAGAUCUUCUUCCUGCAAAGAACGGGGAGGAGGUGACCAAGCACUUCCUGCAGGAGCUGCUCAACAUUCUGCUGGCGUACAUCAGCAAGUCUUUGAACCGCAGCUCCAAAGUGCUCGACUUCCACCAUCCCCACCAGCUGAAGGAAGGUCUAGAGGGCUUCAGCCUGGAGCUCCAGGACCAGCCAGACAACCUGGAACAGCUGCUAGUAGACUGCCAGGACACCCUGAAAUAUGGAGUCAAGACCGCUCACCCAUGCUUCUUCAACCAGCUGUCAACUGGACUGGACAUCAUUGGACUAGCAGGGGAAUGGGUCACGUCAACUGCGAAUACAAACAUAUUCACCUAUGAGAUUGCACCAGUGUUCAUCCUCAUGGAAGACAUCAUCUUCAAGAAAAUGCAUUCUAUUAUUGGCUGGUCUGAAAAGGAGGGAGAUGGCAUCUUCUGCCCAGGAGGCACAAUGUCUAAUCUUUACAGUGUGUUGCUGGCCAGAUAUCAUUUCUUCCCAAGGGUGAAAACUGCAGGGAUGCUUGCCCUGCCGCCUCUCGCCCUCCUCACCUCCACACAUAGUCAUUUUUCGAUCAAGAAGUCUGCGGCUGUCCUCGGGAUUGGCUCUGAAAGUGUGUUUUUAGUGAAGUGUGAUGAAAGGGGUAAAAUGAUUCCAAAAGAACUAGAAUCCAGUAUCAGAACAGCAAAGUCCAAGGGUCUGGUUCCAUUCUAUGUAAACGCCACUGCAGGGACCACCGUGUAUGGAGCCAUUGACCCUCUCAAUGACAUAGCAGACAUCUGUGAGAGAUUUGGCCUGUGGAUGCAUGUGGAUGCAGCUUGGGGAGGUGGCCUGCUCUUGUCUAAGAGGCACCGGAUGAAACUGCAAGGCAUAGAUAGGGCCUCAUCCAUCACCUGGAAUCCCCACAAGAUGAUGGGCGUCCCUUUGCAGUGUUCAGUCAUUCUAGUGCAAAAGAAGGGUCUGCUUCAGGAGUGCAAUCAACUGUGUGCCGAGUAUCUUUUCCAGCCUGAUAAACACUAUGAUGUGUCCUAUGACACUGGAGACAAGAGCAUCCAGUGUGGGAGGCAUGUGGACAUCUUCAAGCUGUGGCUCAUGUGGAAGGCCAAGGGCUCAGAAGGAUUCGAAUCACAGGUCAACCACUGCCUAGAAAACGCAGAGUACCUUUACUACAAGCUAAAGAGCAGAAAGGACUUCCAGUUGGUCUUCCAAAGCCAACCAGAACACAGUAACGUCUGCUUCUGGUACCUUCCAACCAGCGUGAGGAACAUGCCUCCAGGUCCAGAGAGAGACAGGGAGCUUCACAUGGUGGCUCCAAAAAUCAAGGCGAAGAUGAUGGAGGAAGGAAUGACUAUGAUUGGCUACCAGCCUCUCGGAGACAAGGUGAAUUUCUUCCGCUGUGUGUUCUCCAACCCAGCCACGCAGAAAGAAGAUGUUGACUUCCUCCUGGAUGAAAUCACCCGUCUGGGCCGUGAGCUUUACAGUUGAAUAAAUACGGGGCUUACUAAGUCUGAGGAUAUGAGCCAUUUUCUGUCAUAGCUUGACUUACACUUUCCCUAAACCUGUAAGCUACACUGUGUUGAUUUAUUCUGUAGCUGAAUUCAUUCUUAGUCUUUACUGAAAAGGACAGAAUUGACGUGAUGUUCCGGCCAAAAUUUAAAUGUACAGUUUCCCCCUUUUCUCUCAGUGUAGUCAAUCAGCCAAGACAUGCUUGGUGUCUGAAGUUUCCUUCUUUAGUUUUGCACUUUAACAAGGAGGCAAAUGUAGCUAUUAAAUAAUGGAAGCUUAUUAUCAUUGUAAUUUUGCCUCAAGUUGCACUGAUUUGUUAAGUAGUCUCAAUUAGACUUAUGUGGUUUCUGACACUGUUUGAUGUACUGUUGUCUAUAACAAUGAUCAAAAGUACAUCGAAUAAAAAGAAGCACUAGCAGCAACAUUAAAGCUGAAAUGAAUGGAAACCUGUUCUAUCACCUGGAAAAAAGGCCAUAUAGUAGAAGAUUCCUCAUAAUUAUGACUUAAUAUUACAUAGUUAUGUAUAACUAUGUCUCUUAAUUAUGUUUUAGUAUGUGUUAAUCAUGGCUCAGUGUCACAAUAAUGAAAAGGUAUCUCAUAAAUAUGACUUACGAUCUCAUAAUGACUUACAAUUUCAUAAUAAUGAGCAACAUUAUGGGAUGCUAAGUUAUUAUUAUGAUUCUAAGGAGACCCCUUGUUUUUAAGUGUAGAUAUUUGGAACUGAGUUAAGAACAUUAUUUAACAGGCUACUAGCGCUGCUCUGUAGGCGAUCUUGUCAGAGGGUGAAGUUCAGGGACCUCACUGGGAAAAAUAUGCCUUCAAAGGGGUGCAGUUAUUUAUUAUUGCCCACCAAUUCUUCAGUGAUAUGAAGCUGAACUCAGGUAUUUGGGAGCUUCU